AUGCCAAAUCAGACUAUCGUAACUGAGUUCAUUCUGCUGGGACUUUCACAGAACCCAAAAGUUCAGAAAAUAAUAUUUAUUGUAUUUUUGUUUGUCUACAUUGCAACCAUGGGAGGCAACAUAAUGAUUGCAGUAACCAUCCUCUGCAGUCCUGCACUGCUUGGAUCACCUAUGUACUUCUUCUUGGCAUUUCUGUCCUUCUUGGACGCAUGCAUUACUUCAGUCAUGUCACCAAAGAUGAUUGCUGACUCCCUCGAUGACAGCAAAACCAUCUCCUUUGAAGGCUGUAUGGCACAGAUCUUUGCUCUACACUUCUUUGCUGCAGUAGAAGUGAUUGUCCUCUUAGUGAUGGCCUAUGAUCGCUAUGUAGCCAUUUGUAAGCCCUUACAUUAUUCUUCCAUAAUGAACUGGAGGCACUGUGGCACUCUGGUGGGAGUGGCAUGGGCUGGGGGAUUCUUGCAUUCUAUCAUACAAAUAAUCUUCAUGUUGCAGUUACCCUUUUGUGGGCCUAAUGUCAUUGAUCACUUCAUGUGUGACUUGUUCCCAUUGCUGGAGUUGUCCUGCACUGACACUUACGUGUAUGCCCUACUAGUGUUUGCUAACAGUGGCUCUAUCUGCAUCAUAAUCUUCUCUAUGCUGCUCAUCUCCUAUGGUGUCAUUUUGUUCUCUCUAAGAAAUCACAAUUCUGAAGGGCGAUGGAAAGCUCUGUCCACUUGUGGAAGCCAUAUUGCUGUUGUUGUUACAUUCUUUGUUCCAUGCAUAUUUAUAUAUGCACGAAGCACAUCUGCAUCUUCUUUUGAGAAAAAGGUGGCUGUGUUUGAUGUCAUCAUGACUCCAUUGUUCAAUCCUAUAAUUUACACUUUUAGAAAUAAAGAAAUGAAAAAUGCCAUUAGGAAAAUGUGGAAAAGAUGAAAGGUGAUCUGACAAA